CUUCUUUCUUCGCCGCGGCUGCUUCUCGGCCCGCUUAUGGAGUGUCUGCUUGUUAAGACCAUUUUUGAAUGAAGAAUUAACUUACAAGUGCUCUCGUUUGUCGAAUAAAACAUACAGGAGGAUGGCGUCUGCCUUAGAGCAGUUUGUUAACAACGUGCGGCAACUUUCUGCACAAGGUCAGAUGACGCAGCUUUGUGAGCUGAUCAAUAAAAGCGGAGAGCUGCUAGCUAAGAAUUUGUCCCACCUUGAUACAGUGCUGGGGGCUUUGGAUGUGCAGGAACAUUCACUUGGUGUUCUUGCUGUGUUGUUUGUCAAAUUUUCCAUGCCAAACAUCCCAGACUUUGAAACGUUGUUUUCUCAGGUGCAGCUGUUCAUAAGCACGUGUAAUGGAGAACACAUCCGAUACGCAACAGACACCUUCGCCGGCCUGUGUCAUCAGCUGACUAACGCCCUCGUUGAACGGAAGCAGCCUCUUAGGGGGAUUGGCAUUUUAAAACAGGCCAUUGAUAAAAUGCAGAUGAACACCAACCAGCUUACCUCAAUCCAUGCUGACCUCUGCCAGCUCUGUUUACUAGCAAAGUGCUUCAAACCCGCCCUUCCCUACCUUGAACUGGAUAUGAUGGAUAUCUGUAAAGAAAAUGGCGCCUAUGAUGCGAGGCAAUUCCUGUGCUACUACUAUUAUGGCGGCAUGAUCUACACAGGACUUAAAAACUUUGAACGAGCUCUCUAUUUUUAUGAGCAGGCCAUAACCACUCCCGCCAUGGCCGUCAGCCACAUUAUGUUGGAGGCGUAUAAGAAGUAUAUCCUGGUGUCUCUUAUUCUUCAUGGCAAAGUUCAGCCUCUUCCCAAAUACACGUCCCAGAUUGUGGGAAGGUUCAUCAAGCCUCUUAGUAACGCGUAUCACGACCUCGCACAGGUCUACGCGACUAACAAUCCGGCGGAGCUGCGGAAUGUCGUCAAUAAACACAACGAAUCCUUCGCCAAGGACAACAACAUGGGCCUAGUGAAGCAGUGCCUGUCGUCACUUUACAAGAAGAACAUUCAGAGGCUAACCAAGACGUUCCUGACGUUGUCCUUGCAAGACAUGGCCAGUAGAGUCCAGCUCUCCGGUGCCCAGGAAGCUGAGAAGUACGUCCUUCAUAUGAUUGAAGACGGAGAGAUUUACGCCAGCAUCAACCAGAAGGAUGGGAUGGUCAGCUUUCAUGAUAACCCAGAAAAGUACAACAACCCUGCAAUGCUCCACAACAUCGACCAGGAGAUGCUGAAGUGUAUCGAACUCGACGAAAAGUUAAAGUCCAUGGACCAGGAAAUCACCGUGAACCCCCAGUUUGUACAGAAGAGCAUGGGCUCUCAAGAUGACGACGUCGGGAGCAAAACAUCGAGCUACUCCUGAGCUGCGGCGCCACCGCCGGCCCCUCGGUGCCGUGAAGGUCCAAAGUCGGGGUUCCUCGCAAUUGGGAGAAACAACAUGGACAGUUUGAAAGGCGACUGCUCGAGUCCGUCAUUUACGCUUUUCCAACAGGUGGUGUGCUGGUGUGUCUCGCGUAGGUUUAUCAGUGUCUUAUUUAUCGGUGUCGCGAUCGAAGCACAAUCUUCACAUUACCACCAAUAAACGUGGACUUUGUGUUCA